GUGUACCGAUUAUGGUUCCAUCCUUUGGCAAAAUAUCCUGCACCGUUCCUAAACCGAGUUUCACAAAUUCCUACCAUCUACGCAAUGUUAACUGGGCGCCUCCCGAUGCAUACUAAAACACUGCAUGACCGUUACGGCUCUAUUGUACGACUCAGUCCUAACGAGCUUUCAUUCAAUACGGUACAAGCGUGGGACGACAUUUACGGACAUCGCGUCGGCCGUCCAAAUAUGGCCAAGGAUCCCAUCCACGUAGGUUCGGUUGAUCCUGUCCCCGGGGUCUCUACUAUCUCUAUGGCAGAUAACGACACCCAUGCUCGUCAACGAAGAGCGUUGUCUCACGGAUUUUCGCAACAGGCACUGUGGGGACAAGAAGAAAUCGUCCAAUCGUACGUAACAAAGCUUCUCAAUAAUAUCAAGGGAUUCUGCGAGAAUCGGCAGUCAUUUAAUAUCGUCGAUUGGUAUAACUUCAUGACAUUCGAUGUCAUUGGAGAUCUGUCAUUUGGGGAAUCAUUCGGCUGCCUAGACCGUGGAGACUUUCAUUUCUGGAUUACUCUCAUCUUCAAAGCGGUGCAGGCCGGGGCUAUCGAGGCAGCAACAAGACGGUUUUCCACGGCCGGAAGCCCUCUGCAGAACUAUCUCAUGCGAUGGAUCCCCAACGAGAUGAGAAAGCAGCGAAAGGACCAUCUUGCCUAUAGCAGAGAAAAGGUUCUGAAGCGUCUUGCGGACUCGAAGAGUGACAGAAAAGACUUCAUACACUACAUUCUCCGCCAAUCGAAACGCAUCGAUCUCUCGCAGGAUGAAAUCAUCGUCAACGGAGCGCUUUUCAUUGUGGCUGGCAGCGAAACUACUGCGAUGACAUUAUCAGCCAUGACGAACUUUUUGAUUCGACAUCCGUCAAAAUUCGACAAGUUGAAGAAGGAGAUACGGGAAGCGUUUGCUUCGGAGUCUGAAAUCACUGUAGAAAGAGCCACUGCGCUUGAGUAUCUGAAUGCCUGCAUCGAGGAAACAUUGCGCAUGUUACCCCCGGCACCAGUCGGUUUCUUGCGAUCUGUACCUCCCGGCGGCGACACUAUCGACGGCCAAUUUCUCGAGGGUGGAACUACGGUGUCAGUCAGUUCGUGGUGCGCCCAGCAUAAUCCGGCCAACUUCAAGGAUCCAGAUGAGUUCAUCCCCGAGCGUUGGAUCGACCCGGCGUAUGCAUCUGACGCAAAGCUUGCGAGUCGACCCUUUUCGCUGGGGCCUCGAGGAUGUAUCGGGAAGAACUUGGCAUAUAUGGAGUUGAGGAUCGUGUUUGCGCGUCUCUUUUGG